AUUCACUGCCACGAUGACGAACACUGGCACUGGCUCUCACCACGCACAGGACGUUUUCAUCGAUGAGAUGGCUAGGCUGAAAAUAGACGUGAAACUUUCUGGCCUAGCACCAGUCGACUUCGAAACAGAUGCUCAUCAAGAGACUGCCAAGAAGAGAUAUCCCGGUGGGUAGCUUCUGAGAAACCAAUUCGAGAAAGGAUAGGGUAGGGUAGGGGGGGUGAGAUGAUGCACACAGAGCUGACACAUGGAGAAGCCAAGCUACACGCCCGGAAAGUGGCGGCUGAGCUUAAGACUGGCAAUGGGCUUGUCUUCUUGCCCGGCGAGCCCACCCGGACGUGGGAGUAUUCAGACCAGGCCCUCCCUUUCCGCCAGCGAAGGUACUUCUAUUACCUUUCAGGCGCCGACUUGGCCGACUGCGCUGUGACGUACGACCUCGCGACCGAUCACCUCACUCUCUGGAUUCCCUAUGUCGAGCCCCGCCAGGUCUUGUGGAACGGCCGCACCCCGUCGCUCGACGAAUGCCUGGAAAAGUCAGCUGUGGAUUCCGUGCGAUAUACCCGUGAGCUUUCCGCCUUUCUACACGCCUACAUUCAUCAGCAGGAUGAUCCUAUCAUCUUCCUCCUCGACCGGACCCAGGCUCCCGUGGAGCUUGAUAGCGACUUCUUAGCCCGGUCCUUGGUCAAACUCGACGUAGCUUCGCUCAAGCCAGCCAUGGACGAGGCACGCGUCAUCAAGACCGACUACGAAAUCGAUCUGAUCCGGAAGGCCAACGAGAUUUCGUCCGCCGCCCACCGCGCCGUGCGAGACCGCCUGGCAGACUUCACCAACGAGCGAGAGGUCGAAGCCCUGUUCCACUCCGAGUGCGCCCUCCGCCGCGCCAAGCGCCAAGCCUACCCCGUCAUCGCCGGCAGCGGCGACAACGCCGCCACCCUGCACUACGAAGCCAACGACCAGCCGCUGGCCGACAAGCAGUUCCUCGUGCUCGACGCCGGCUGCGAGUACGCCUGCUACGCGAGCGACGUCACCCGCACCCUGCCCCUGACCGACGCCCUCUCGUCCGAGAGCCGGACCAUCUACCGCCUCGUCCAGCGCAUGCAGCAGGCCUGCAUCGACGCCGUCCGCCCCGGCGUCCUGUUCUACAGCCUGCACCUGCGCGCCGCCCACCUGGCCCUCACCGUGCUGCACCGGAUCGGCAUCCUCAAGGGCCACCCGGACAAGAUCUGGCUGGCCGGCACCGUGGCGGCCUUCUUCCCGCACGGGCUGGGCCACCACAUCGGUCUCGAGACCCACGACGUCUCGGGCCGGGAUCGCUUGCUGCUCUCGCGCUUCGAGCUGGAGUCGCUCGGCCUCGACCGUGGGAACAACAACGCUUCGAGGUCUGCCAAGGCGAAGCGCCAGUUCGUCUCGCCGGAGACCCUUGUCGCUAUGCAUUCCGGUCAAUAUGGCAUUGCCUGGAAACCUGACGAGACGGAGGAAACAUCAACGGCGGCCGCGCCGCCUCCGCCGUACAGCGGACGACAGAAGCUCGGACCGGGCAUGGUUGUCACGGUGGAGCCCGGGAUUUAUUUCUGCCGGGAGUACAUUGAAGGCUACUUCCUCCGUAGCGACAGGCACAAACACUACAUUGACGUGGAGCAGUUGGAGCGCUAUUAUCACGUCGGUGGUGUGAGGAUCGAGGAUGACAUCUUGGUCACUGAGACGGGAUAUGAGAAUCUGACGAGCGCGCCCAAGGUAAUCUAAUGGUUUCGUGGGAGAAAGGAACCUGGAGGAGCAAUGGGGGUUUUCGUCUCGGCGUACCCUUUUUUUUUCCCCCUUUCAAACGGGGGUUUCAAUGCGAUUAGACGAGUUGAUGUCUGGGCCAUUUGUUACGGAGUAUUCGUCUUAAAACAGUUCGGCACGUUAUCAGGGAACAAUAUAUAUGCAGAGGUGCGAAACCGCCGCCGUGGACAGGCGAGAUAGAUAAACCAGG